CAUCAAUCAAGAGGACCGUCUCUUAGGCCAAAGGGCAAGGGAUUUAGGCCAACUAACUAGAUUUCGGGAAAUCCCGUGUCUUACCUGUCUACCUGACAUUAAUUCCCUGUCGAUUUGUGAGGACCCCGAUAAUGCUGAAGUUUUCAGAAAUAGUAUUGGCUCACCAAUGACCAUGGAUUUGCCUAAUCAGCCUCACCUCGCCGACCGCGCGCUGGAUUUCACGAAACCAGCGAAGAAGGAUGCGGAGUCUCCGAUUCUAGAUCUGUCCUGCAGAAAAGAUCAUUCACCCCAACGUAUCUCCUACACCUUGAGUCCAGCAUCCUCGGAGCCUGAUUUGAUCUCCCCCUCCAGCGAAUCGCACACAUCAGAGUCUUCCCAUCACCGAUUGGCGUUCAAGGACGAGCAAAAGAAUGGAUUUGAAGGCCGAACAUUCAUGGUAACACCUCCUUCAGAGACAGACUCGCCGAAGAAACUAAAGUACGAGCUCACUUAUCCUCCUCAAUUAGCUCCAACGAGUUCUGAAAUGGCGCAUCGUUAUCCAUUGAUACCAAUGAAUCUGCCAAUGCCAGUAGCGGUUUCUCCAGUGCUGCCUGCCCUCCUUGCUAGUCAGAGUGGAGAAGCUGUAAAGCACAUUCAACUGCCCAUUUUGAGCCCUAACACACCAUCGUCGAAUCAAGAGGUCUCGACUCCUCUCGUCUCCCCAGACUCGAAGAAAGCACCAAGGCCAUUUAAAGCUUAUCCAAAAGACCCUCUCGCUCUCACAAUGGGUCCGGAGAUCAUCUACGAUCAGAACUCCAACGAUGCUUACUCAGAAUUUCGAAAGAGAAUGCUGGACUCGGUCAGGAAAACGAACGAGGGUACCAAUAUCAAAAUGAGGAGGGUCACUAAAAGCCCCAGUUUGCCUACCAGCACGAUGAGUAUUUUGGAUGAUAAAGAUGCUGCUUACUGGGAGAGGAGGAGAAAAAACAAUGAAGCCGCCAAAAGAUCCAGGGAUGCGCGGAGGGCGAAGGAAGACGAAAUUGCUAUUCGUGCUGCCUUCCUCGAACAAGAGAACAUGAAAUUAAAAUAUGAACUGGUGGCCUUGAGGAAAAAUCUCGAGAGCUUCACCAAGAUCAAACCAUUUUCAAUGAGUGAUACUACAAUCAGUUAUGGUCCCUUCGAGAAGCGUUUACCCUACACUCAAGAAGAAUUCUCUGUACAUUUCGAAAACAAUAACAAAUUUUUGACGGUGACGAGGUUGGAAAGGGUUUUGGAACUCUCUCAUUGGGGUAAUAUCGCUGUUGAGGAGACAAUUGAUCUACUUCAUACUGGUGCUCUACUGAAGGGAGCAUUCUCCAGGUACGAAUACUCCAGGGAAUCUAAGUCAGGACAAUCGAGCAUCCAAAGUUUCGAUACUAUCCUACCUGCAGCUGCCUCUGAUAUUUAUUACAGAGACGAAAUCGGAAAUAUUUCUACUUCUCACACUAGAGUGAAGAAAGACUCUGUCGAUGUUAGUUUGAGACCAAGAUUUCCAUUGUUUGGAGGAUGGAAGACCCACUACACCAUUGGCUACAAUGUACCCAGUUAUGAGUAUCUUUUCCAGAAUGGAGAGGAAUUUGUUCUAAAAAUGAGGGUCCUCGAUCAUGUUUUUGAUGAUAUGGUCGUGGAUGAGUUGGUCCUGAAGAUUAUUUUGCCAGAGGGAUCGCACAAUCUGGAAUUGUCAUUACCUUACGCUGCCACAAGACUACCUAUUUCACUCCAUUAUUCUUAUUUGGAUACCUUUGGACGUCCUGUAAUUUCUGUAACGAAAAGAAAUCUCGUGGAGCACCACAUUCAGGAUUUUAAAUUGAAAUACAACUUCCCAAGGAUUCUGAUGCUGCAGGAGCCUCUCCUCGUCGCGAUGGCUCUUUAUUUGUUGUUUUUACUGGUAAUAAUUUAUGUGAGACUCGAUUUUUCGAUUGAUAAGGACGAAGCUUCAGAGAGCAGGCUGAGGAUUGCUGGGCAGUGUGAAAAAAUUCUCGCAGCUCAGGAUAAACGAGUUACUUCUUAUAAUGAGCUCGAUGAGCAGUUGGUUUAUUUAAAGGCAAAUAAGGACACUGCGGCAUUUCUUUCUGCUAUGAAGGCCAUUAAUCAGGAGUAUAAAAAUGCCACCAAUAUUGUUAAUGAACUGGCACAGAAGCUGAAGAGUGAUUCGGCUGAGGUUUAUGAAAGGAUUCAAGAUCUCCAAAAAAGUGAUAAACAACUCAAGGAAUAUUAUAAUCAACAGCAGGCACUUUACGUAGAUAAACUGGUUCCUGGGAAAAUAAGUCGUCAGCAGUUCGUUGAUGCUGAGGGUAUCAUCACCAGGAAAAAGGAGGAAUGUGUUGAGAAAAUUAAUGCUGUUGUUAAGUCUUUGCAUUGAACAAUUCCAAGAGAGAUUGGAGAAGAGGAGAUGAGGCAGGGGAACAUUAUUAUUGAAUUUGAGUGGAAAAUAGUUGUUAGAGAAACCAUGUAGGGAGAGAGAAGAUGAAAUGAAUUUAAAUAUUGUUCUGCAUUACUCUGUCUCUCUCAGUAUUAGAGGAAUUAUUUGUGCAAAUGAAAAAAUCACCAAAUUCUUUUUCAUGUCUGACAUUUUAUACAAAAAAAGUUUCUCUAUUAUUUCCAAAACAUUCUUUCCAGAAUAGUCGUAAAAUAAUCUUUAAGAAUAUACUAUAAUUUUACGGCUUCAGAAAACAUUGUUCUGAUUGCUCAGUCACUCCGAUUCAAUAAUUUGUAAUAAAUCAUAAAUUUCUACUA